AUGGAGCAGCACAAGUACAGCGCUCAGGAGAAGCUAGAGAUUGUGGGGAUGGAGGACGAGGAAGGGAAGCCCAUCAGCGCCCUGAGCAUCUUGUCUCUGCUGGAGCGGGUGGCCGGAAUCAUAGACAACGUGCAGUCGGGCCAGCAGCGGAUGGAAGAGCGUCAGCUGGACCUGGAGAACAACAUUCGCGGCAUCCAGGGCGACGUGCUCAAGUUGGCCAAGGAGCACGCCGACACUGGGGGCUGCCUGGAUAAACUGCUGCAGAAGACGCGCAAAGUCAGCGCCAACGUCAAGGAUGUGCGAGCCCGCGUAGAGAAGCAAAACGGUCGUGUCAAGAAGGUGGAGAGCACCCAGGACGAGCUGCUCACCAGGAACAAGUUCCGAGUGGUCAUCUACCAGGGCGACACCGAGGUCCCGUCGGUGGCCGUCACCAAGAGCCCCAAGGAAGGACCGGAGGCUCUGGAGCUGGAGCCCGAUUCUUACGACAUCCCCGCUGACCUCUCCUCGGAUGAGGAGUGCCUGAGCGCCGAGGAGGCCGACCCCUCCCGGGCGGCGCGAUUCAAAAAGUCCAUGGUGAAGAGCACCGAGACCCUGAAGGCGGCUUUUUCCAAGGAAAACAUGAGCAAGACCAAAGACAACCUCGGCACCAAGAUUCACAACCUUGGCGAAAAGGUCAUGCCGCCCGAGCGCCGCGAGAAGAUGCAUCAGGCGGGCGAGCGGAUCAAGCAGAGCGGCGAGCGCUUCAAGGAGAACAUCGCCAAAAAGGCGCCCAACAAAGAGACCUUCAAAAUCAAGAUCAAGAAGGAACGAGCCGUGGCCGAGGGCCAAGAGGGGGCCGAUGCCGAGGUCGAGGUGGCCGCCGUGCCGCAGCCCCAACCUGAGCCUGCUGACACCCGAGUCGUGGCAGAGACAGAAAAGGAGGGGCCGGCAGAGAAGGAGGGGCCGGCCGAGAAGGCCUACGCCGCCAGAAAAGCCGAGCUAGAAGAAGAUUACGGGAAUUAGAUACCCGUGACAGAGAGACGACCGCCGUGACGGGAAAAUGACAGGAAGUAGAGCGCAUUUACGGGCUAAUAACAUGAAGUAGACCAGGACUGCAGGACAUAGAUCACCAUCAAGAAGCGGACCAGCACUACAUGAACAAAAAAUGACAGCAAUGGAUUCCAUCAAACAGAUAAUACUUAGAGAACGAGGACUCCCGUGACCAGCAUUACAAGAACAUCAUAGGAAGUAGAGCCCGACCGGCAUCACAGGAAAAUGGCCGCAUGUGGAGGAGAGGAAGAUGACGCCAAGUAAACCACCUUUGAGGAAGAGAGCAGUUAUGUGAAAGGCCCAUUAAAAUGAUGAUUGCAAGUUAUGCUUUGCUACUUUGGAGCACCUUUUGUUAAUACACGCUACAAGCGUUUUUUUUUUCCUCCAAUCAUACAAGGAUGAUAACAUUGAUUUUUGGUGGUUUACUUGUUUGAAAAUGUAUUUCUACAUAAUAUAAAACGUCACUUUUGGUGUUCUGUGCACAUUAUACCAAAUAAAAAAUCUUUGCACAAUAUAA